AGAAGGCGUCUCCGCUACCGACCCCAUCAAGCAAUCCAUCCAUCCAUCGCCGAGCGGGCGAGGAGACACGAGGAGAUCGCCGUCGAUGGGGGCUCCGCAGGCGAUCGAGAUCCUGACGCAGAGGGCGAGCGUGCUGCGGGAAUCGCUGCAGCGGAGUCGAUCCAAUACGGAGAGCAUGGUCGCCAUGCUCGGCUCCUUCGACCACCGCCUCUCCGCCCUCGAAUCCGCCAUGCGCCCCACCCAGGUGAGGACGCGUGCCAUCAGGACGGCUCAUCAGAACGUCGAGAACACAUUGAAGGCGACGGCGGUCGUAUUGACGCAUUUUGAUCUCCUGCGGCAGGCUGAGGUUGCGAUACUGAAGGGACCAGAUGAGGAUCUAGAAAGUUUUCUUGAUGCAGUUGAUCUGUUGAAAUGCAACAUCAGGUUUUUUAGCACAAAUAAAAUCUCCACGAGUGAAUAUGGUUUGUUAAACCAUGCAAAUAAUCUGCUAUCUAAGGCAGUUGUAAAGCUGAGGGAUGAAUUUAGGCAACUAUUAGCUACUUACAGCAAACCAAUUGAUCUUGAAUUUAUUGCCAAUUUUCCUCCCAACUCCUUGCGAUCACUAUCUCAAACAACUGGAAGCCAAUCCGAUAGUGGCAACCAUGUGCCCACCAACAAUCAUUCUGAGCAUCAAGGCAGGAGCUUGGAAACUCCUGUGUACAAGACACCAACUCUCAUGCCUCCUAGGAUCCUACCUUUGCUUCAUAAUUUAGCUGAACAGCUGGUCCAAGCUGGAUACCAACAACAGUGCUCAAGGAUUUACAGUGAUGUUCGUGCUUCAGCACUAGAAUCAAGCCUUCAAAAACUUGGAGUUGAUGCGCUCACCAAAGAUGAUGUGCAGAAGAUGGAGUGGGAUACUUUAGAAACCAAGAUUCAGGACUGGGUUCACCUUAUGCAGAUCGCGGUAAACCUUCUGUUUGCUGAAGAGCGAAAGAUUUGUGACCAGAUUUUUUAUGGUGUUACUUUUAAUAAGGAUCUGUGUUUUGCUGAAGUAACAGUAAACAGUGUCUCAAUGCUAUUAAGUUUUGGAGAUUCUGUUGCCAAAAGUAAAAGGUCACCAGAAAAGAUAUUUCCGCUUCUAGACAUGUAUGAAGUGUUGCAUGAACUUCAACCAGAGAUUGCGAGAAUUUUCGAAGGCAAGGCUUGUUCUGAGAUUCAACAAUCCACAUUGACUUUAGCAAAGCACUUAGCUCAUGCUGUGAAAGGGACAUUUCUUAAUUUUGAGGAGAUAAUUGAAAAGGAUUCCACAAAAACAAUGGUCGCCGAUGGAACUGUCCACCCUCUGAGCAGCUAUGUUAUCAACUACAUGAAAUUUUUAUUUGACUACCGAUUAACAAUAGAGCGUAUUUUGCAAGAGGUGGAAAUUGGGAAUAAAACAGAUUCUCAACUUGCAAUCAUGACAAUGCGGAUUAUGCAAUCUCUUCAGAAUAAUCUAGAUGGAAAAUCUAAGCAGUACAAGGAUCCUGCACUAACUUAUCUAUUUCUUAUGAACAACAUACAUUAUAUGGUGAGAUCUCUUAGCAGGUCAGAAGCAAAGGAUUUACUGGGUGAUGACUGGGUUCAAAUACACCGAAGGAUCGUGCAGCAAAAUGCAAACCAAUACAAAAGAGUUGCUUGGGCAAAGAUUCUGCAAACCCUUUCUGGUCAAGGUUUGAGUUCACUUGGUAGUAGUUCUUCUUUGGGAGCUGAAGGAGGUAACAGCAGUGGAGUGUCAAGAGCAUCAGUAAAAGAGCGGUUCAAGUCCUUCAACACACAGUUUGAGGAGCUUCAUCAGAGGCAAUCACAAUGGGUUGUACCUGACCCUGAGCUUCGUGAGUAUCUGAGGCUUGCAAUUGCUGAAGUCCUAUUGCCAGCAUACAGAUCUUUCAUAAAACGUUUUGGGUUACUAGUUGAGAAUAGCAGCAAGCCUCAGAAGUACAUCAGAUACACUCCAGAAGAUGUUGAACAAUUGUUAGAUGGGUUCUUCCAGGGAAACACAGUGGGGGAACCAAAGCGUUGAGAGUUGAACGGAAAUGGAGCUGUGUAAUCUGUGUAAGGAAAGAUAAGAAGAAGAUUUUGGGUAGCAUAUGUGGCUGCUGGCUGUUGUUUUCCUUUUUCUAUAAUUUAAAAGUCUCUUCUGAGACAUCCAGUGAAUUAGAGAGAAGAUUAGCAUGACUUGUUAGAUGACAUGCGCAAAUCAAGAAAUAAUCCUCUUUCCAUUCAUUUGAGUAUGGAAUGGAGAGGUUUAGUUACAUUCAUUUGAGUAUGAGGUGAAGUUGAAGGCUUAAUGGUUAGAUUCAUUUGAGUA